CACGUCACGGGUCCGCAGCAAGCAUCGAGAUGCUGUGAGGACAAGGAGACGAAGAUAGGGACGCAUUUUAAACCCACACAUAGGCGAUUAAUUCAAAUGCCAGAACAUGCUGCGGUAAAACGGAGAUUGACUCCACUCCAUACUGAAAACGAUCCGCGAUGGCGUUACGAUCGAUUUUAGAGUCCCGAAACAUACACUCAUAAGGGGAUUUAAACCAUCCAGCGUCUUCUGCAUCAAGAACUGAGCAACGAAGGCCUUGAUCGGGCCCUGAUGCCUGGCUCAACUGCAGGUGGACUCUGCUAGAGGAAAGCACUCGGAAGCUCCAGAGGCAGGAUGAGCGGCGGCACGGAACAGACUGACAUCCUGACCGCGGCCAUCUUGGUCAAGGAGAGAUGGAAAGUGCUGAAGAAGAUCGGAGGUGGGGGCUUCGGAGAGAUCUACGAGGCCCUGGACCUGCUGACCAGGAGCAGCGUGGCUCUCAAGGUGGAGUCAGCCCAGCAGCCCAAGCAGGUGCUGAAGAUGGAGGUGGCCGUCCUGAAGAAACUGCAGGGAAAAAACCAUGUUUGUCGCUUUGUGGGUUGUGGUCGCAAUGAUCGCUUCAACUACGUGGUGAUGGAGCUUCAGGGUCGGAACCUGGCGGACCUGCGGCGCAGCAUGAGCCGGGGCACGUUCAGCGUCAGCACCACGCUGCGUCUGGGCCGGCAGAUGCUCGACGCCAUCGAGAGCAUCCACUCGGUCGGCUUCCUGCACCGCGACAUCAAACCGUCGAACUUUGCCAUGGGCCGCUUCCCAAGCACCUGCCGCACGUGCUACAUGUUGGACUUUGGCCUGGCCCGCCAGUUCACCAACUCAUGCCAGGAGGUCCGACCGCCGCGACCAAUGGCAGGAUUUCGGGGCACUGUACGGUAUGCUUCAGUCAACGCACACAAAAACAAGGAGAUGGGGCGGCACGAUGACUUGUGGUCCCUGUUCUACAUGUUGGUGGAGUUUCUUGUGGGCCAGCUACCAUGGAGGAAGAUCAAAGACAAGGAACAGGUUGGGAAGCUGAAGGACACCUAUGACAACCGGCUCAUGCUGAAGCACCUGCCAGCCGAGUUCACCAUCUUCCUGGAGCACAUCAGUACACUAGACUACUUCACUAAACCAGACUACGAGCUGCUGAUGUCGGUGUUUGAGAACAGCAUGAAGACCUACGCGGUUGUGGAGAACGACCCGUACGACUGGGAGAGGAUCAACACAGACAGCUCUCAGACCGUCAACACCACUAAUGCCACACCCCAACACCAUACACGACUCACCCCGGCACACAUGGGCAUGGCUAAUGCCUCGCUGCUCCCCGGGGACCUCCUGAAGGACCUCCUCAAGGAGAACACAGAUGAGCCGCUACAGGAUGAGCAGCUCAGCGACGGGGAGAACAACCCCCCUCUCCUGGACCGCUACCCCGGUUCCCCUGGCCAGCCUACCAACCAGCAGGAGCCCGAUGUGUGGGAGGAACUGGACCGCAAUUGCAACCACCUCCGGCCAACUGCGCUUAAGACUGGCAAAGAGGAUGAGCAAAACCAGAAUCAGGGCAAUCUGAGUCUGCACACAGUGCACAGUCUUGCCUCUCCUGUGAAGAUCGGCUCUGACGCCAGCCCCUCAGAUGCGCCUCUGCUGAGGAAACUGCGGAACCUCCACAGCCUGGACCUGGAGAAGAGGCUGACCCUGGAGCCCAAACCCAGUACAGAACGCUUCCUGGACGCCUGCGAAGCGAAGCAGCAGGCUGGUAACACAACAGACAAACCGUCGGUCCACAGCCAAGGCCUCGCCGUGCUCAGCAAUGGCGGCCCUGCCGACCGCAUCUGGCACUACGACGAGGAGGUCCUCUCAGGCGGCGGCUCGGCCAAGCGUGGCUCCCCGGGCUCCCCCGCCGGCCAGGGCGAGGGUGCCGCCAGCAGCAGCUUCGUAGCCCUGAACCUGAGCCUGGGCCGCGGGGACGCCAACUCGCACGACUGGGUGAUGGUAGAGGCGCCCUCCAACCUGCAGGAGCGGGGCAGCAUCAGCGGGGGCCUGGCCACGGGGGCCAAGGUCACCAUCAGCCCCUCCGAGGAGGGAGAGGUGGACGAGCUGGAAGUCCUGCAGCCCCACCAGGAGAGUCCUGCUCAAGGCGCUGGGGACGGCCCUGGAGACGGAGCGGUGUGCUUGCAGGGGGAGCCCAGGGCCGAUCAGCAGGAGCUAAGCGUGGAGACGGCAAGCACCAUGCCCCCUGUAACGCCCACCAGCCCAGCCAAUGGCCUGCCAGAGGAGGCGCUAUUACAGUUCCCCACCUCUCCCCCGUCUCCGCUGGAGGAGGCUGUGUUGCAGCAGCCAUGCGGGCCCCUUCCUCUGCCCCAGCGCUCCCCCAGCCCUCACACCAGCCCCCACCCCACGCUGUCGGACCCCCUGCGCCGACGACCAUGUGUCCCCCGCGGGGCCGGACUGUGCCGGAGCCGCUCUGUCGACCCGCAGCACCUCCACCACAACCUCAACCACCACCACCACCACCAGCAGCUCCAGCCCCACCACCAUCAGCACCCUUCCUCCUGCUCCUCCUCUUCCUCCGCCUCGCUCCUCCCGCCGUCUCCCGGCACAUCCUCGGGCCACGGCCUACGCUCGCCGGGCCACCGCAAACUCCCCGCCAUCCCGGCGGGCGCUUCCAACAGCAAGAUCCCUUCCGUCAUACGCAUCACCCGCGCACAGCUCCAGCAGCUCAAUGCUCAGCGUUUAGCCACACACUCCUCCCCGCCUGCCUCCAACACUUCCCCUCACUGCCCCCUGGUGGACAAAAAUGAGAAUGGCAACAAUUCAGCACAGGAUCGCCCUGCCACCCCAUCCACGCCACCCACCCCUCAGGAGCGCUGCCCACGCUCUGCCUGUUCUACUCCUGAGGGGGACCCCCCACCCAAUGAGGAUCCAUCUCAUCCCAGAGGCGCCGGCUCCAUGCCCAGCCUCGUAUCUCCACGCUCCUCACCCCACCCGCCCUGCAGUCCCGUGCCGCCCAAUGGACAUUUUUCACCCCCACCCAUGAAUGCUGAAGACGGGGUGUCAGAGGAGGGACACCUCCGGGUGGAUGCCGACACAGGCACCCCACCAACCCAUGAGCAGCAGGUGCAGCAGCAGGAGGAGACGCCCCCGGAGGAGGUGGAGAAGAGCCGCAGCUCCCUGAUCCCGCGGCCCAAGCUCAGCCGCAUCCCCGUGCCCAGCAGCCUGCUCCUGUCUAGCCCCACCUCCGCCACGACCCCCACAGGCUCGGCCAAGCAGAAGCUCCUGCUGAAGAAGGCCCACCAGCACCAGGGGGCGACACUGCUGUCUCCCUCCCGCUCUCCCUCUCUCUCUCAGCGCUGCAUCGCACCACAGCCAGCCUCCUCCUCCCCGGCCACCGCCGACCGCUCCCAGGACGAGGAGUCCCUGCAGGGCGUGUCGGUGUCGGACCGCCAGGGCGACGAGGCUCCGUCCCUCUCGUCUUCAUCUGGUCCGCUGUCCCGAAAGAGCCGGAUCCCACGCCCGCUGCGCUCAGAGGGGUCUCCUGCUGCUCCCGAGAGCCGCUCUUCCCAGUUCGUGCCACGCCCACCGCCAGGCAAACCACCCAGCCGACCUAGCAUAGAUGGCCGUCUUAGGCGGUACCGUAUCCGUGCAGGCAGUGGUGGUGACUCGGAGCUCCUGAGCUGCCUGGCCCAUCUGAUGCAGAGCAAUAUGUCCAUGUCUCCGACCGGCCGCCUGCUCCGCUCCUGCUCCCCCCACCUGGGCCGCUCCUCCCCGCGCCUGAUGUCCGGCGCCCACCCACACCACCGCAGCUCCAGUGCCUCGCCCCGCUCCGCCUCCUCCCUGCAGCGCUCGGCCUCCUCCUCGCCCCCCUCCCGCCCCGGCCGCAGCCGCUCCCCGCCCAGCCACUCCAGCAGCGCUUCUCCCCCGGGUCCUAAUGGCCACCGGUCGCACCUCCAGCCGCGCCAUCUCCACGGCUACCUCACCCAGAGGGGCAAGGCCGGCUGCGGGCACGUGCACAGCCGCGACGCGAAGUGCUCUAGCAAGCUGAGCAGAUAGUCAUCAGCCUCUGUAGACCGUGGGAGACCACCUGAGCGCUAAUCGUGUGUGUGCGUGUGUGUGUGUGCGUGUGUGCAAGUGUGUGUGCAAGUGUGUGGGCGCUUUCAAAUCCUUUGAGAUCAUGCAAGAAUGACUGUGAUCUCAGGUGAAGAACCGAUGCCUUCAGUGUGUUGACGACAUUUGGUGUGACUGUGCCAGUUCAGCUCCAUCAUAUGCAGAGAGUGUUUAGAACUGUUUUCAAAACGUGGAAUCAAAGACUGUGCCAGUGUGUGUGUGUGUGUGUGUGUGUGCGUGUGUGCGCUGGACAAGGCCAAUGAAGCACUACUGUCAGGCGAGCAGAGCAGAUGAGGUCAGGGGCUGGGCUUGCGGGAAAGGGUUACUCCAUAGCACCCCGAGGGGGCUUUUGCUAGAAAGGGAUUUAACUCAACACCUCAAAACAGGCAACACUUCCUCUGAAUGAGACAAUAAGCAACACUUUGAAGCCUCAGAUAUAGGUUAGUAUAGAGGGGAUCUCUGGGUCCCCUACUCUUGUGAUCAUAGCCGCUUUGCCAUUGAUGCUUCAGGCCUUGGAUGCCAUUCAGUGCUGUGAUCAGUACUAGCAUAUUGUAUUUGUUAGGAUUUAAUUCUCAUAGAAUGAUUGCGUGAUUACUGGAUUCCCUUCUAUCCUGUAUUUAACAUAGAACCGUUAUAUUUCUAUGUUUAGAACAUAGGCGUAAGUCUGUACAAAUAUGCAUCAUCAAUACAUGCUAUACAAAUGCAGUAUGUGAAGAUUUCUGACAGCUGGUCUAGAGAGACAUAAGCUGCUGAAAACAAUCAUGUGUGCUGUUAAGAGAUCCUAAAGAACCUUCAAAGAAAAUGUUGCCUAAAAUGUUGUCACACUAACUAAGUUAUAAGUUCUACCUUCUGUACAAUAUUCUCUCCCGCAUUUAGAUUUAUUGCAUAUAUGUUUUGUCAGCCAUUGGUCUCUACUAGACUAGACUCCCAAAAAACAAAGACUUCCUGUGAGGAUCUCCUCAGUCUCAGAUCUCCUUUGUCUCGCACACCUUACCUGACUGCUCAGCGUGCUCACCUGCAUUCCGGUUGCAUUGUUUUUAUUGUUUACGUCGCGGAAAUGAUUAUCUUUCCUCUUUACUCGUCCAAUAUGAACACUAGCACGCAUUUCAUAUGGCCCGUAAAAGCAUGUGGUGAUGCAGUAAUGACCGUGCAUCACGAGCAUGGUCGUGCAUGGCUGUCAGUAUGUGUACGAAUGUAUAAUGUGAAGCUCACACUAAUUGUCUGUAUGUGUGUAUGCAGAUAUGUGUAUCAAGAAAGGAUGCACAACAUGUGUGUGUGUGUGUGUGUGUGUGUGUGUGUGUGUGUGUGUGUGUGUGUGUGUGUGGAUUGUUUGGAGUUGGUCAUCUCUUGAUCUGUUAGUUUAUAGUAUUUAUUCAGAAGUAUUUAUCACUUGUCCUGUGCAGAACAAGCAUUAGUCGAAGCAGUGGCAGGUUCACUGACAGACAUACACUGGCUUCUGGUUCGCCUUUUUUAUUUAUUCCUUGGAAUUCUUCAAUUCUUUCCUCUAUUCUUUCUUUUUCUGUCUACCCCCCCCCCCCCCUAACUAGCCACCUUGACACCAACACUUAGUGUGGGGGUGUGGGUGUGUACGCUCUCGUAAAUGGACCUCUUAAUGUGGAGCCCUGACUUCCUUAACAAGAUGAGGGAAAACAAAGCAGACGUUGAAACAAUCAGAUGAGUGUUUACACAAGUUGAAUUUGUGCCUGGGGCAUCAGUUUAGGGGAUGAAAUUGCGAUCUACCCUACUGUCUCAAACCAGACGAAAUCAAGUUGUAAUCUAUUUUUUGUGUACAUAAGAAUUUAUGUAAGAAGAUAAGGCUGGCGCGGACACUGCUCAAGACUGAAACACACAGACAAGGCUGCUCCCCCAGGUGUCUACUCACAUGCUCGCUCGCUCGCUGCACACUCCUUGUCAUCACUCUUGCUAAAACACCACUAGGAUUGCCUUCGUGUAGAUGUGCUCAUUUAGUUGAUGCUUUUAUCUAGAGCGUCUCACAGAGUAGGAUAAUGUACACUUUUUGUCUUUAAUUGCACUCCCUAGUAAUUAACCCUGUGACCUUUAGAUUGCUGUCCCCGCGCUGCAAGAAUUGAGCCGUAGGAACACAAUUGUGUUAAUAUGCGUGUGUAGUUGCUUUGUACCCCAUGUUGUCCUGACAUGCCGUAUAACAGGGCAGUUAAAUUACAUGCAGUAGAUUCUCUGUGUCUCACAAAAUGAGACAAGAUAACAUGGCAUUUCGUAAGCUAUAUUAUACAAACCAAAUGGACACCCCAGUGUGAGGAAUGUUUUGAAGCAGUUUUGAAAAGGACCGUGGUAACAGAGGAUGAGUCUAUACUCCCUCAACAGACCAGACCAGAGUAACAUUAACAUUAAAUGCUAAACCUUGAGCAGAGGUAUGAAUGAAGUUUACAGUGAAGACCUAAGACAAAAGUGACUAAACAUUUAGUCAAUUUGAACUGACAUCACUACAAAAUGGAUGAUUGUCUCAUCUGUCCCUUUAAGACUUAAGCUACAGGGGCCAAAUGUUGUGACCGCAAGCUCAAACACUGAAAAGGAAUGGCCAUUUCAUUCAGAUACUACUUGCAAGAUGCAACAUUGUAAUGGAAAGGGAAAGUUCUGUCCUGUACAAACAUGCACUACGUAACAGUGUUGCUGGGAACUGAAAUUCAGCAAGCACCUUUGCUGCUAAAUAGUAUUGAGAUUUAACUGCAGUUGGCAGCUGCCAUUUUAAAAUCAAAAUCCCCCUGGGAUUUGUUUGAUAGCUUUUAGAGCGUUGGAUUGUGUGAUUCCAACAGUUUUAAAGAGUUUCUACACUUUGCAUCACUUGAAGUGAAGUCUCUGAAGUUAACGCUACAUGUUACCGAUGGUAGAUAUGGCUAGUUUGAAGUACCACAAAAGAAAAUGAGAUGGAUACGGUUACAUUUGUUCUUUUUGAAGUUUCAUUUUGGAAUUUUCUGAGGGGCCAAUAUCACCAAACACAAUAUUAUCUCAAAAUGUUUUAUUAUAUAUUUCUAUUUAUUUAUUCUUAUCUAUUUUAUUUAUUUUAUUUGAGUGUUGGUGCAGGUUUUUGUCAUGAAGGGUAAAUGUCUGCCAAAACAGUAUCACAAACAACUAAGUCUAAAUUUUAAUUUCUAUAUGCUGUUCCUUCACCCUCAACACAAAACCCCCCAACCAAAUACAUUUUAUCUCAAUGUUGUUCUCCCCCACUGCUUGUAAGAUGCACUACAGGGAGCAAAGCUUUGAUCAAGCCUGUAAGCAGAUUCUCAGUCUCAGAGGAUCCACAGAUUCUUGAGGCAAACCCCAUACUAAACAUUACCUUCCCCUAUAUUUCAUAACAUCCUCCAACUCUCACGCGGAUUCAGUUUGAAUUGAUUAGUUGCCCAGACAAAAUGUCUAAGCUCUAAAAAGAGUAGUUUUAUUUUAUAGACUAGAUCUCAUCUAAAUGACUGAUUAUCAUGUCUGACACAUUGGUAUAUACAGAAAGAGUCAUGCUUUAUUUAGGCCUCUGUUUUAUCCAGAAUAUAAUUCACAUAUUUAUAUGACUAGUGAAAUGCUCUGAUAGCCCAAAUGGAGUGUUUUGAAAAACAUUUUUAUCAAACUUCUCAGUCUGUGGACCAAUUGGGAUUGCCAUCUCCCAUAUUAAUAUUCCGAACAGACCUAGCCCAGUUUGUCUGUGGCCUUAAUGUAUGAACUUGUGCCUGCACCCAUCUGCAGUCAAAAGGGAUUUUCAGUUCUUUGGUUCUCUUAAUAAUCCCUUGAGGAACUUCAGUUAGAAAAAUAUUUUCAACAAGAAACUUGCAGAACCCUUUCUUCACAGUAAGCAAGUGAAAAGGUCCCUUUGGACUGAAAAGGGAUUCCAAGUAGAGUCUAGUAAGAGUUAUAUAAUGUGGGCAAGCUGAAAUGCCUUUAGUGUCUGAAGAGGUUGUAGGUGACUGUGCUGCACUAUGAUGGAGGGUGUGCAUCUACAUAUGAAACAUAAACCACAGGAAAUGGGGAAAGAAAAAAGCACUUACGCCCUUACCUCGGAAGGGUGGUGCAUCACUGCUUUCUAAUCGUCUCCCUAUCGGUCACGAUUUCAUGGUAAAAGUGCCUGUUCCAGCAUCAUUUGUGUGAAAGAGACUGGAAUAUGAACAGGUCCUAGAUACAGCGUUUAGAAUCAGUGCUCACUGAUGUUGGCUUAACGUGGUUAGAGAACAAGGUUACUAAUUGAGACUAAAUUGAGGAUGGAUGCUCCCCCUCAGUUUGCCCAUGUAAUUACACUGAAGUAAAUUCAACUGACAAAAAAGGCUUUCUAUUCCCAUUGAUCUGAAUUGAUUUUCAACAGUAUCUUCAAAAUCACUUGUCUUUUAUGACUGGACUUACCUGGUAUGAGAGAUCUUACACCAACAAUUUCAACACUUGUUGGUGUUUCCCAUAUUCACCAGGCCAAAAGACCUACCCACAACAGAGUCCAUGAUUUGUUAGUAUUUUGCCAUAGUUUGAUAUUGUGAAAGACACGUACUAGAUAUGUGAAUAAUAACAGAGCAAGGCUCUGUUGAAGAGCUGGUGAAAUAUGUUGACAUUGACAGACAGAACCACAGAAAAAAGUGUCAAACUUUUCAUCUUCUCAUGUCACCCUUAUCAACGAAAUACAUUUACAUGACUCCAUUAUGAAUCGUUUUUGAAAGCUGAAUUGUGUUUGUAUGAGCCAUAGCUCCCUAAAUGACGCAUUGUCUUGCAUUAACGUGAUCUGCGAAAGAGGUGCGCUGAAAGGUCAUAUGAGUACCUGCAUUUACUUAACAUUAUUUCUAUCCCGUGCAUACUGCAGUGAAGGGAUCAGCAUUUUGAAAACUGCGCUGCACAAUACUUUUGGUAUUGGAAGCCGUUGAGAGAUUAUAAAGACAUUGCAUAUCUCUCAUAGUGACAUGGUAUUUCUGGUGACUUGCACUGGUAUGUUUGCCAUAUCUCAAUGACAGUGUACUGGACCUGUGUGGACCAACAGAUCUCAUCCGAUCUCUUCUCUGAAUGUCUGUUCAUUGCUUACUAAUGAAUCUGCAUGUGUGUGUGUUUGUCCAUUCUGUCAUACAUACGCAUACUAUGCAUUGUGUCGCUUUUCUGUCCUGGUAUGAAGAAUGUUCCAGAAAAAUGUCAGGGGCCUUCCCCCAAGUCAUGAUUAUGUGUAGCGUCCAAUAAAAUAAUUGAACAAGAAAAUGUAUGCUGUUUGCUGAUGGGUGUUAUGUUCACUGCUUACCCAAAUGAAUGAAUGAUUUAACUUUUUAGAUCUGAUUGAGUGCUACUUGCUCAAGAGUUAUGUCAGUAUUCUGACAUGGAGGAAAAACGUAUGUACAGUCGUUAAAGAAAGGGUGUAUCAAAGGGAAUGGAUUACAUUGUACAUAACUGUACUUAUUUGUCUUAUUAAUUUCAUUUGUACCAUAUGAAUAUCCUGUACAGUGUUUUGUUUGUUUUGUUUUGGUUCCUGUUUUGUUUUCUUUCAAAAUUAUUUUGUAUUUUAUUUUUAUAAACUGGUUAUAAAUAAAAUAUUCAUUCCGCAUGCAGA